GGACACGCUGCGAUUGGUCGCAGAGACGUUCCACGUCGCAACAGAGCCAAACAAACAGCAGCAGUGUGAAGUGUAAAACGGGGCAGACUGCAGCCGGAGCGUCGUGUCCGAGUCGUCAUCACCUGAGCUCAAGGGAGGUGGGACACGUCAGAUGAGCGAUUAAUGAGAAAUCCACUUUGAAUGACAGAGAGUGAGGAGAAAGUGUUGUUGUGGUGGUGCAUAUCGGAUGCUUUAGAGGGUGACCGGCUGCAGAGGCAGACUGAGGCUGAUCAUGGGUCAGCCCUGCUGCUCAUCCGUCUGACUUGGAACAACAACAACGACGACGACGACGACGCGGUCUGCACCUGCGCCACGUCCCGGCAUGGGCUCCAGACUGAGCAGACAGAACAGCUUGAACAAUGAGAAUUUCUCCCAAAAACGACGCAGGCUUGCCGAUGUCGCGACCCAGGGCGACAAUCGGAGCGGGCGGGCGGGCGGGGAUCUCCUGUUCGCCCUGAUGCUGAAGACAGACAAGCUGCCCGGGAUGCUGCGUCGGAGCAACCACAGCCCCUACGUGAGACGGGUGGCGUGGAUCAGGGAGAUCCAGAAGCUGCUUCGCGAUCGCAGGAUGGAGCAGGCAACCGACGUGCUCAGGUUACUGCGGAAGGAUCUGGGACUGGAAGGUACCUCGCUCAAUGACAUCUUAUACAAGAACGCUGCCUUCCUCAAUCUGGUGGAUCCAAUUUCACACGAGCUGCUGCUGAGCUUGGCCCGAGAGAUGCAGAAUCCUAAGAAGGAUUCAGACACCAUAAAGUCGUCAGAUAAAAUUUGCAGACAGCUGAUCUACCACCUGACCCCACAUUCGAAGUGGCUGAGGCAGAGCAUGUCCAGACGGAAAUCCCAGGCGUGUCUCAAGACAACCCUCCAGAAGAAGCUGUCCAAUGACACUGUGGACUUGUCAGGCAUUCCUCUGUCCACCCGGGAUGUCCGUCAAGUGGCCUUCUACCUCCAGAACAACAGAGACAGUGUGGUGGCUGUGGAUAUCAGCUUUACAGAGCUCCAAGAUGAAAACCUGAUGCUGCUUCUUCCUCUUCUCGCCUCACUACCCAAACUCAACAACCUUGCCCUCAACGGGAACCGUCUCACCCUGACUGUACUCAAAGACCUGACUGAGAUGCUGAAAGACCCCAAGAAGUUCGCCAGCCUGGCCUGGAUAGACCUUGGCAACAAUGUUGAUAUCUUUACCAUGCCUCAGCCGCUGUUGGUAGCUUUACGCCGGCGCUGUAGCCUGAAGAGCAGUCUACCCACCAUCUACGAGUACACAGAGGGUCAACCCUACUGCUACCACCUGGAGACUUCUAUCGAGGAACCCAGCCACUAUGAAGAAGAAGAGGAAGGGGAAGAUCCAGAGGACGACAUAGAGGGCAUGGGUAACAAAUUUGAGCUGGAGCCAUGGGGCUUAGGUGAGAAGCAGCUCUCCAAAGACUUCACCCUUCACUACUGUGAGAGGUGAUCAGGAGUUUCCCUCGCUGGCUCGAAUGUUAUCGAUCUGUUAACUUCCUUAGCUUGACCACCCUCAAUCCCUCCAGCCCAAUUCACCCUUUGAGGCACGAGGGAAACCGCAUUGUGAAACUCUCAGCCAGACACCAAGUAAUAACAAGACGUCUCAGAAUGAACCUGCACUAGUUGACAGUGGAGCAAAGGGUCAGGUGGCGGACUUACUGUGUUGGUGGAUGGUGCUCUUGGGAACAAGAACCGUAGGACUGGAUUCAUUGGAGAAAUGGCUCUCUCUUGCCCUCUCACUCCCCUUUACCAUAUAACUGUCUGACUGUGGCAGCAAAGAAGCCAAUCCCACAGAGAUUUCGGUCAGCUGUUUGGCUGGAGGAGCAGCAUUUCGGCAGUAUUUCAAGUGGAAGGCGAGUCAGUUUGGAGGCAGUGGGUCCCCCCACCGAGUUCUCGACCAGGACUGAGACGAUCUCCGGCAGGCAGAGCCUCUCUCCACAUGAUGUGUUCUCUGUUAAUCUCUCAACAAAAGCUAUGACACAAGUUCAACAGACUACGCAGCCGACGACCUGUCACGUGACGCUGGCAAAACUGCUAGGUCAAGACUUUUUUUGCCCCCUUUCCUAAUGUCUACUUGUGAAUACCCAUGCUGCCCUUGUGUGUACGUACGUAAAUGAGGAGACAAAACAUGGCUCUGUUGUGUUACCACUCAUUGUUUUUUGCACUUUUGGUGAGCAAAGCAAUCUUAGAAGACAACAGGUAGGACUAAACAAUGGUAGCUGUGACUAUUUGUUUAUAGACUUGCUUAAAUACGUCACUUUCUCUAAUGUAGUCAUUACCAGUGUUUCAAUAGAACCAACUUUUAAUCUGGGUUUAAGAAUUUAAAAAAAAAAAAAAAAAAGCCCAAACAGCUGCUGUUGUCUGUUGUUCAUUUCUUUCUUUUGGUCAUUGUCAUCAUUUGUAGUCAUUUACGUGUAUUACUAAACUUCUUUAUUGGCUCUAUUUCUGUUUUUGGAAUGCCAUGACUGUUAUUUCAUGAUUAGACUGACUUUCAGGGUCAUGUCCUUUGCAGUAGCACAUAAUGGUCAGACAGACCAAAACAUUGCAAUGCAAUUCAAUGCACCUUUCUGUGUGUGUUUCUCCAUGUAGCAUAGUCUCUGUCAGUAAUUGACAUAUUAACACUGCAGAAGUUGUCAUCUUUACAAAGCUGAUCCAAAUGGCUCAUGAUUGUUAGAAAGUUACACAAAAAAAAUGCUGCUCCAUCACAAUAUACACUAAAUAUCUAAAUGUUUCAUGUUUGUCGCGCUGAAAUGUCUGGUUAUUGUUGUAAUUAUUUGUGUUUUGGUGUCUUGUCCAAUUCUGUGACUAUAUGACUCCCAAUUCAUCAAAUUAGCAAUGUGACAAGUGGGUACCAUCUUUGUGGAAUUUUCUAAAAUACACUUCAAACACCUCUAAAAUCCUCCAUAACAAAUAAAUUGCCAAAAAAAAAAAAAAAAAGAUUACUAAAGUACAUCAUCUUUCUACUGCCCAGACUGCUCUUCUUACGAAUAAUGAACAUUAUUUUAAGUGGAGAUUUUAGGGCAAGUGACGCUAUUCGAAACGUCAACAGUAAUUGUGACGCGUCGACUCGGAAAACCCCUCGGAAUUCUGGCGCGCACAAGCUUAUUUGUGGAUAUUUUUAACUGAAACUUGUCAGCCAAUCGGAGAAGGGGUUCCCGAGUAGCAGACGAAAUAAAAAGACAUGCUGAGAAAUAAUGAAGUUACACAGUUUUACUCUAAUUUGAAAGCAUUUUAGACCAGAUUUUCUCGAGGCAAUAUCAGACAAAAUCUUUCGAAAUUCUUGGUACAUUGUACUCAAGUUGAAGUGGCCAUUCCAACCAGACCCAGCAUCUUGACGGACUGUCAAUUUUGGAAGCUUUUGUCACGUUGCUAAUCACACUGAGCACAGUGGCCUCAUGUAUACUGACACAAUUAGAGUGAAAACAAAGUGGAUGUAGCAAAGAGUCAUUAGCAGAUAAUGUAAUUUGUGAUUACAUUGAGAGCAGUCACCUUUUAUGUUGAAUGUUUAGUCUGGGUGAGGACACCGUCCAAUUGGUUUGGUGCGUCUUGUUUCGUGUCUGCAACAACUCUUCCUUGCUGUUGUUUAUAUUUUCCAAAGCCAAACUACCAAUAAAAGAAUCGAUUCAGACUGA